CUAUAUCUGGUCUCCCACAGGCCCUGCAUUCACUAUAUCCGGUCUCCCACAGUACACAGAACAUGGAAGUGCAAUUAUUUUAGUAAAUAUAAACUGCUACAUACAUUUUCUCAUCAGCAGUUAGAGAAAUCUUCUGACUUCUAUCAGUGUUCAACAGAGCACUGGUUAAAGCUUGUAGGAGGAGUUUUCUUUCUGCUUUAGGAGGAUGCAAAAACCCUGACCUCUGUCUGGACAGUGCUGAUUGGUCCUGUGCUGAUCACAUGCACUCUCCAAAGAUAAAGAAAAAAAACGUCUCUAGCAAUACACACUAAACUGAGCAUGUGCAGAAUGGCUACGGUUCAGUCUGUCUUAUUAGGAGGUAAGAUG